GUAAAUAAACCAUGGUCUGUUGAAUUGGAUCGUAUUCUUAGAAGAAUUGUGAAAGAUGUGAUUGAAUGUAUUUUGUCAUUGUAAGGAAAAUAAUCAAUUAUUAGACAUGAACAUACGAUACCGACUGAUAAUUGUUGUAUUUGUAAGCAUUUUGGUUCUAUGGAAGACAUUCCAAUACUAUGGUAUUUAUACAGAUCAAGAAAAGAGGUUAACUCGAUUGGCAAUUAACAAUGACGACCAAAUUAAGGACCAAAUCAGAGUAUCUGUGUAUUAUGAAUCACUGUGCUCCGAUUCCAGAAAUUUCUUUAUCAAGCAACUGCUUCCCACAUAUUUGGAGUUAUCAAGUUAUAUCAGUUUAGACUUAAUACCAUAUGGAAAGGCCAAGACCAUUGAAGAUAAUGGCAAUAUAGAAUUUGAAUGCCAGCAUAGAAGCACUGAAUGUCUUGGCAACAAGAUACAUGCUUGUGCAAUUGAUCAGAUCUCAAAUCCACUGCAGGCGCUGAAAUUCGUCUCUUGCAGCCUCGAGGAUGGUAUUUUACCCUAUGAAGCAGCAGAAAGGUGUGCAAGUGAGAAUGACCUGGACUACAGGAAGAUUGUUGAGUGUGCAGACAGCAAGGAAGCUUCAAUUAUGCUGAAAGAAUACGGCAAACGCACAGACGCUGUUCAACCACCAAUUACGUUCAUACCGACAAUUGAAUUGAAUGGUGCACAGACAGUGCCACUUCCUAAUAUCUUGAAAGACUUCAAAAAAGUAUUAUGCACAACUAUAAAAGAUGUUCCUGAAGCGUGCAUGUAAAUCAAUUUUAGAUAGGUGUGAAUUUCUCUUUACUCAUGAAAUGUAUAAAUGUGAAUAUAUAUAUUACUGAACAAAA